UUGUUAGGAGAAUCUAUUUCUGCACAACAAAUGGUUCACUUCUAGAACUCAAUGGAGUUGAGCCUUUAAGUUGGGUGAAUCAUGGUGAACCUCCUGGUGCAAAUGUUGCAGCCAUUGUUGAUGCUGCCAAAAUUAGGUCUGAGGUCAUAUUUACUAUAAGUUCCAAUGGGGAUCUUUAUGAAUAUGACAAAAAUUCAAAGCCAUCAUGGAAGAAGCAUAUAUGGAUAGCAGCAAAAGAUACAACUUUAUUACCAUCAAGAGGAUAUGCUUUUCAUGACAUUAAUGGACUCACUUUUGCAUCUUUAUUCCUUCUUACUAAGGGUGGCAAUUUAGUGGAGAGAAGACUACAACAGAGGAAAUGGAAAUGGGUAUUUCAUGGCUGCCCAAAGAAUCACCAUUUAACCUCCAUCGCGUCUUUUCACCAAGACGGAUUCAAUGCGAAUUUCUCCUUCUCUAUCUUCCUCACAACAGCUUCUGGGCAUGUCAUGGAAUACAGAUUAGCCAAACAUCGAGGUACUGCCAAAGAAAACCAGGGUAUAGACCGAUGGGUGGAUCAUAUGUAUCCAGACAAUGCUAGAGUUUCUAGGAAUAGUGUCGGUAUAGAAUUUCAGAUUGGUAGACUAAUUUUUGCCUUAGAUGAUGGUCGAUUGGGAGAGCUUCACUUACCAGGUAUAGGUGGCGAAAGUGUUGGUCCAACACGCCCACCAAGUGCUCGACGAAAAUCCUCACUCAAAUAUGUCUGGUCUGUACUAGAUGCUCCCGAGACAGAAGGAUGGAACUCCCAGUACUGUACCGAGGAGCGUGGCCCAUUAAACUGCAUCGAAGGCACAUCAGACGAAUCAAUAGACAUGGGUAUUACAAUAGCAUCGUCAAGAACAAGAAGAGGGAGCAAAUCGCAACAAACUUACUUGAUCUUGUUGCCUACAAACGUUAGGAAUAGGAAUAUUCCAAUGGAAGAACUUAAUGUGCCGGAGAAUUGGAUUCAGACGUGCUUCCGUUUGAGGCUGAUGGUUGGUGGAAGGUCCUUCUUUAUGAUAACAGAAACUGGGUUGACGAUUGAAUACAUUAAUGUUGAAAAUGUUUGGUUUUGGCUGAUACAUGAUCACUUGACAGCCAUCAAAGGUGCUGUAGGAAACUAUAAUGGAAGUUUGUUUGUUGUGGAUGAACAUGGAAGUCUGCUUAUGAGGGAAAGGGAAAGCAAUGAGCUUGGCUGGUUGAAUUGCACUUCAUUGAGAAAAGGUAAGUUUAUCAUUGGAGGGCCUCCUUGGGAUGAAUUACCUGGAAAUUAUCAAAAAGUAAGCCAAAAGGAUGGUGAACUCUUCUUUGUGAGCAAGACAGGAAGAUUGCUUCAGUUCACGGUUGCCAUGAGAAAGUACAAAUGGAAAGACUGUAGGAACCCGCCAAACACGAAAGUCGCAGGAAUAGUAGACCAGGAGAUAUUCCGAUAUGGGAUAGUAUUCGUGGUGGGAAAGAAUGGAAGACUUUACCAAUACAAUAAGAUAACUGAAAAUUGGCACGAGCACUACCAGUCUCAGCACUUGGUCCUUUCAAGACAACCGGGUACUGCGUUGAGGCAAUUAUCAUCACUAAGCGGUUCCCUUUUCAUGAUCUCGGAAGAUGGUGGAUUGGUUGAGUAUCAUUGGAAUGCAUUGGAAGGAUGGAACUGGGUGGAACAUGGAACACCUUAUAAAGGUGUGUACAUGGUUGGAUCACCAGGACCAAGUUUCCAACUUAAACAGCUCUUCUUGAUUGGAUCCGAUGGGAAUGUCUAUUUAAGAUAUAUGGACAAGACCACAUGGAAAUGGAAGAAUUGUGACCACCCACAUGAUAAAAUUUGCAUUGAUGAUGAAUUUCUAUCUACCCAUAUGAAAAUUGAAGUGGACUGUGAUCCAAAGAUCGCACCUACAAGACCAAUUCCGUUAUCUGAACACUCAGUCAUUUUUCAGCUAAGAGAUGGCAGAUUGGGGGAAAUGGAAAGGAAAGAGGAGGGAUGGGUAUGGAUGAGGACUAUUGGCACUCCAACAAGCACAUGCAUGACUACUUCUUGGACAGAUUUGGCAUCAUCAAAUUAGAAAUGAAAAAUGCAUAUAAGUUAGCACUCCAUCAAACUAAGAAUAGGCUCAGGCUCAAACUUAGAAACAAAUGGUAGUUAGCUUGCCCAUCCUUUCCCUCCUUAUUGUACAUAUGGGUAAGUGUGUUUAUAAGUAAUAUAAUUUGGUGGAAAAUCAAAAUGUAUACACUUAUAGUUAAAGUGCAUAUAA